CAGAUGCAGGGAUCCGCGCCCUGCGCUGGCAGCAGCCCCGAUCACUCAUGUCCCGCCGCCCGAAGACUGUGAUCCUCUCCGGCCUCACGUCCAUCCACGGCCUCCAGUUCCAUCACAGCACGCUGAUAGACGAGCGGCAGUGGGUCAUGCCGUCGCUGGGGCGUGUGGAUGGCCACGCGUGUGGAGGGUUCAUCUGCACAUCCAGCAGCUUGACGCAUCUGGAGGUGCGGCCUCUCAGGGGGCUGCUUGACCUGCUGGGGCGUGUGCCGCUGCCGGUGGAGGGGCAGCGAGGGACCCUGCAGGGGCUGCGGACACUCGGAGUCAUCCAGACGGAGACCACCAGGGGUCUCGAUGAGGAGGACCUGGUGCAGGGCAUCGAUCAACUGAAGGUAGUGAGGGGAUAAAGAGAGGAAGGGAAGGAUGGAUGGAUGGAUGAACAUAUGCCUGUUGCCGCCUGUCUCUGUCUUUCCGCCCCCCAGGACGUGUUGUCGGGCCACAAGGUGCGCUCCAUCACGGAGAUCAAGGCUGUCGUGCCCGUCGUAGACCAUACCAUCAAGACAUCCAAGCUGCUGAUCUUCGUGCGGGCCCUCGAGGAGCUCAAGGCGUCCCUCACACCAGCCACCCUCACCCGUACGGCCUUCACCCGUGCACCCGAGAUAGUGCUGGUCUCCCCCAACUGGAACAAGACAUUGAAGCUCGACCUCCCCCUCCCCCCGCCCCCUGCCCCCCUUCCAUCACUGUUUUCCGACGCGAUGAGGUACUUCUCCAGCAGGGCGGAGACCGUCGUCUGCGAGACCCGCCCCGCCCCCAUCAGCCGCAUUGAGCCCGAGAAGUAG